AAAUAGUACCCUUACGUCACCACUCGUUGUUACAUGUGAGCAUGCAUAUUUGAUAUCACCAUUUCUAAAAAGGUGUGGAUGUGACCUCACUGCUGCGAAUAAUCCAAUAUUAAUUCUCUAUCCUUUUUUUCUAGCCCGCACUCGUGAUCUCUUUCCUUAUACGCCUACAUAUACCCAAUUAUUGCCACCAUACUUGAUUCCCUAGCCCAACACUUCAUCGUCCUAAACAAUACCGUAUUAGGAUAUACGUAUCGCUGUUAGUAUGGCCGAUACACACCAAUUCGACGUAACAAAACUCUUCGGAGUAAAAGACUACGUCGCCGUAGUCACGGGCGGUGGGACCGGCAUCGGGCUCAUGGCCGCCCAAGCUCUCUCCGCCAACGGCGCCAAAGUGUAUAUCACAGGACGACGAAAAGAAGUCCUCGAGAACGCAGCAAAGAGCCACCAACCAGCACGCGGAAGCGGGCAAAUCAUCCCAAUCGGACCCUGCGACGUAACAAAUAAGGAAGACCUAGAGCGCCUCGUCGCAGACCUAAGCCAACGUGAAAAGUACAUCCACCUGCUCGUCUGCAACGCCGGGAUCUCAGGCCCAAAAGCGGAGCCCGAGCAUUCCGAAGCCGACGACCUAAAAGCGCGGUUAUGGAAUAACGAGGAUCCUUCCGAUUGGCACGAGAACUUCAACACGAACGUGACGGCUGUGUAUUUUACUACAGUGGCUUUCCUUCCGUUGCUGCAGGCUGGUUUACGGCCUAAGGGCCCGUUGGAACCGUAUUCCAGCUCGGUGAUUACGAUUUCUUCGAUGUCGGGGAUUAUGAGACAUGCCCAGGGCCAUUUUAGUUAUAAUACGGCGAAAGGGGCGACGGUACAUUUAACGAAGCUUAUGAGUGCUGAGUUCCAGAAGGCGGAGAUUAGGGUUAAUUCGAUUGCGCCCGGGUAUUUUCCUAGUGAGAUGACGGCUAAGAGUAGCGAUGAUAGGCAGAAGAGUCAUGUGCCGGCAGAGAAGAUUCAAGAUAAGGGACAUGUUCCGCUUAUGAGGGCUGGACGUGAAGAGGAGAUGGGGAUGACUGUCUUAUAUCUUGCCAAGAACCAAUAUGUUAAUGGUGAGAUUAUUGCGGUUGAUGGAGGAGUGCUGAAUGUUAUCGCCGGACGAUAAACGGACAAGGAAGGGUCCCUUGGUGCCGUGGUAUUUGACUGGGUGGGAAGUGGUUAGA